UCACAGUUCCUAAUCAACCCCCACCACCUCCCAUGGAGCCAUGCCCACCAUCACUCCGCCGCCCGCCGCUAGCCCUCCAUAAGCCAUCCUUUAUCCUCCUCAUCCUCCUUAUAUUAGUAUCUCCCACUUUCGCUGUUGAUUUCCUCUUCAAUUCCUUCGCCACUGCCAUCAACACCACCAAUCUCACCCUCAUCAACGAUGCCCAGAUCGACACCUCCACCGUCCGCCUCACCAACGACUCCAAUCAGUUCUCCUUCGGCCGCGUCUUUUACCCCACCACCCUUCGCAUGAAGCCAACUUCUAAUUCCUCAUCACUCUCUUCCUUCUCAACAGCCUUCGUUUUCUCUGUCUUACCGGAAAUCUCCACCAGUCCCGGGUUCGGCCUCUGCUUCGUCCUUUCCAACUCUACUUCACCUCCUGGCGCUCUAGCUAGCCAAUACUUCGGCAUUUUCACCAACGCCACCACCCCUACGGUGGCUCCCCUUCUAGCAAUCGAGUUCGACACCGGUCAAAACCCGGAAUUUAAUGACCCCGACGGCAACCAUAUAGGGAUCGAUUUAAAUACUAUUAUAUCUGCUCAAACAGCUCCAGCUCAAUAUUUUAAUUCUUCAAAUGGUAGUUUCGUUCCUUUUAACAUGCGGACGGGUCAAAAUGUCCAUGCUUGGAUUGAUUUCGAUGGCUUAAAUUUUGAGAUCAACGUCACGGUUGCUCCCGUGGGCGUUCCCAAACCCUCGAGGCCAACGCUUAAUUAUAAAGAUCCGGUGAUUGCUAACUACGUUGCUAGUGAGAUGUUUGUCGGAUUCUCCGCUUCCAAGACUCAGUGGGUCGAGGCUCAGCGAGUUUUAGCUUGGAGCUUGAGCGAUACGGGAAUUCUUCGAGAGAUUAACACAACCGGUUUGCCUCGGUUCUUUAUAGGAUCACCAUCUUCUUCUUCUUUGUCACCUGGAGCCAUUGCUGGGAUCGUGAUUGCUUGUGUUGCUUUAGUAAUUAUUUGUGGAUCUGGGUUUUAUUUAUUUUGGAGGAAAAAGUUGAAGGAAGAAAGUGAAGAUGAGAUCGAGGAUUGGGAACUCGAGUAUUGGCCACAUAGAUAUUCUUAUGAUGAGCUUAAACAAGGAACCGAUGGAUUUUCGAAUGAAAAUCUUUUAGGCUCCGGUGGGUUUGGUCGUGUUUUUAAAGCGGCGCUUCCAAAUCAGGCGGAGGUUGCGGUGAAGUGCGUGAACCAUGAUUCGAAGCAAGGACUAAGAGAAUUCAUGGCUGAGAUCGAAAGCAUGGGAAGACUCCAACAUAAGAAUCUUGUCCAAUUGCGAGGUUGGUGCAGGAAAGGCAAUGAACUCAUGCUUGUUUACGAUUACAUGCCUAAUGGAAGCCUUAACCGUUGGAUUUUCGACAAACCAAAGAAGCUUCUCGGCUGGAGACAACGGCUGUUGUUGUUGGCCGACGUAGCGGAGGGUUUGAACUAUCUGCACCAUGGCUGGGACCAAGUUGUUGUUCAUAGAGAUAUCAAAUCGAGCAACAUUUUGUUGGAUUCCGAAAUGAGAGGGAGGCUCGGAGAUUUUGGAUUGGCUAAGUUAUAUGAACACGGACAAGUUCCCAAUACAACCAGGGUGGUUGGAACCUUGGGUUAUUUGGCUCCUGAAUUAGCCACGGUGGCAGUUCCUACGGCGUCUAGUGAUGUAUACAGCUUCGGCGUGGUGGUUUUAGAAGUGGUGUGUGGACGACGGCCAUUGGAGAUGUCGACGGAAAGGGAGGAAGAGCAAGUGUUGAUGGAUUGGGUGAGAGAGUUGUAUGGAGAAGGGAGGUUGAGGGAGGCUGCGGAUGGGAGGUUGAGGGAGGAAUACGACGGCGAGGAAGUGGAGAUGAUGUUAAAGCUGGGGUUGGCUUGUUGCCACCCCGAUCCUUCGAAGAGACCCACCAUGAAGGAGGUGGUUGCGGUUUUGGUUGGGGAGGAAGUGGGUGCUGCUCCAGGUGAGUUGUUAAAUGAUCUGGCUCGUGGUGGCGGCAGCGGUGGAGAAAGAGUUUGAGAGGCGGCGCCACCUGCCUGAAGACUGUUUCAUUUUGUUAAAUAUUAUUCUGAGAGUAAUAAUGGCGGUGGU